UAAUCAUUCGGCUUUCACUAAAAACUUUUGUUUGCUUUGCAAACUCUACAAUAUUUUUUAUAGAAAAAACGCUACGUCCUAGGGAGUGCGUUUUUAUUAAUAAUGUAUGAAAAUUUUUGGAGAAUGAAGAUAGAUCUGCCGAAUUAUCGAUGUCGAUUUUUCAGCAUCAAAAAUGAACGGCUCCGCAAACUGGAACUUCAUUCAAAACUAUUCAAUGAAUGAAAUCUGAAUUUUUUUAAGUAUAUUUUUAACUUCAAUCUUGAACGCCCAACUGAAAGAAACGCUGUUUCUCAUGCUUUUGAUCUGCGUGUCAUGUGAAAUGCAGUAAAUUAGUUUUUACUCUGUUAUGAAAGUGUCAGCUCUCUUAUAAUUUUUAUAUUUGUUGAAAAAGGUGAUACAUUUUUUCGAAGAAAAAACGAUAAUUCUGAAAAAUGCUUUAUCAGUUUUGUUUUUUUAAUAGAAAUAAGGCCAGAAUUAAUGAGAAAUCCUGACAUAGAGAGAAAGGGUAUAAGUCAGUCUUUUUAUCACGUGGUGCUUGUUCUAAUGAAAAAUUUAUAUUAAAUAUGGUAUUUAAAGCUGGAAAUUUUUAUCACUAAGCUGCUCAAUAUUCUUUGCUGAAAAAGUAUAAAGUUAAAGGUACAAAAGAUGAACAUCAUGGGCACAGUCAUGAACAUGGCCACACCCAUGAACACAUGGAUUCACCUGGAACAUUUUUAUCAAGAGAAUUACCUCUGUCUCGCAAGGAUUUUCACAAACGAGCAUUUACUGUUGGCAUUGGAGGCCCAGUUGGUUCAGGAAAAACUGCUUUAGUGCUGGCUCUUAGUAAAUAUAUGAGAGAGAAACACAAUCUUUGCAUUGUUACAAAUGACAUAUUUACAAGAGAAGAUUGGGAAUUUCUAGUUAAAAAUAAAGCUUUACCUGAAGAUAGGAUCAGAGCUGUGGAAACCGGAGGUUGUCCUCAUGCUGCUAUUCGUGAGGACUAUUCCUUAAAUCUACAAAUUGUCAAAGAUUUAACUCAGGAGUACAAUCCAGAAAUAAUUUUCCUGGAAUCUGGUGGUGAUAAUUUAGCUGCCAAUUUUAGUAGAGAUCUUGCAGAUUACAUCAUUUAUGUGAUAGAUGUUGCUGGUGGUGAUAAAAUACCACGUAAAGGUGGCCCUGGCAUUACUGAAAGUGAUUUACUAGUCAUUAAUAAAGCUGAUUUAGCUGCUGCUGUUGGUGCUGAUCUUGGGGUUAUGUCUUCCGAUGCUCGUGUUAUGCGUCAAGACGGACCUACUGUUUUUACUCAAGCUAAGCAUAUGAUUGGUAUUGAAGAGGUUGUUGAACACAUUUUGAAAGCAUACAAGGCUGCAUGUGAAAAGCCAUAGUUAAUUUUUUUUUUCUCAUAAGAAUUAUGAUUUUACUAUUGUAAGUUUUUUGUGAGUUUUAAUGCUUUAUUUUUAGAGUGUUUUUUUAAAAAACACUUUUUUGUAAUAAAAAAAAAUGUUCAUUUCAA